AUGCCUCACACCGACGAACUCAGGGAAGACAUAGAAAGCACACUUUCGCCUCUUCAACGCAACCGGUCCUCCUUGGCAGAUGCCGUGAAGAAGAUAGACGAAGAUGACGCGCGUAAUCGAUAUGAGUCUCGCGGCGAAGAGCAGGGCCUACAUGACGAAAAGCACACCAGCCCAAGUUCAUCAGGCGAAGAGGAUGAGAAGACAAUAGUAUCAUGGGAAGAUGGUGACCCGGAAAACCCGUACAACUGGUCAAAUACUAAGAAAUUUCUCAUUCUCUGCCUGACCAUGAUGCAGGUCAUCAACAGCACAUUAGGCUCUGCCCUGCCCUCAAAUGCCAUCCCUUUCAUCACCUCGGAAUGGGGUAUUACGAGUCCGCAGCAACAGGUCCUUCCGAUCUCCGUUUACCUGAUCGGCUAUGUUUUCGGUCCAGUCGUCUGGGGUCCUCUCAGCGAGCACCUGGGCCGACGCGUUUUGACGAUUGUCACAUUUAUCAUGUUCACAAUCUGGACUAUGGCCUGCGCCCUAGCCCCCAACUGGCCCUCUCUUCUAUUCUUUCGACUCUUCACCGGUAUCUUUGCCAGCUCCCCCAUCGCCAUUGUGACGGGCAUCCUCGCCGACAUCUACGGCAACCCCGAAACCCGGGGACGUGCAAUGACGGCGUUCAUGGUCAUGACCACUUUCGGACCCCUCUUCGCACCAAUUGUUUCGGGUUUCUGCUCCCCAACGAUAGGCUGGCGCUGGACCUUCUGGAUCGCCCUAAUGUACGCCGGCCUAACCCUCCUCCCAGUCGCUCUUCUUCCCGAGACCUACGCACCCAUCCUCCUCACCCGACGUGCACGCAAAAUACGCAAAUCGGACCCUUCUCUCGCUUCGACCGUCGUUGCACCCCGCGAGUUGGAAAGCACAGAUUUCAAACAGCUCGCAACGGUCGUCCUCACACGUCCCGUACGCAUGCUGCUCUUUGAACCCAUUGUCAGCUGCUCUUGUGCCUACCUGGCACUCGUCUACACCAUCUUCUACAUGUCCUUUCAGGCCUUUCCCAUAAUCUUCCAGAAGCUCUACGGUCUUUCUCCGGGUGUGGCUGGGUUGGCGUAUCUACCGAUAGGCGGCGGCGCACUCCUCGCCGUUCCCGUCUUCCUGUUCUGGGAACGAAGGCACCUACAGGCGCUGCGGAACGGCUCGUCCUGGGCCAAGCAGGAAGAGUACCGGCGCCUGCCGCUCUCCUGCAUCGGUGGUCCCCUGUUUUUCGUCUCUCUGUUCUGGCUGGGCUGGUCCUCGAGGGAGGGGGUGAGCUUCGUCGCCCCCAUGCUUGCGGGGAUACCUUUUGGUGCGGGCUUCAUGCUUAUAUUCAUCGCGCUGCUAAACUACCUCACGGAUGCCUAUGAGAUAUUUGCCGCGUCCGCCAACGCCGCUGCUUCGACCAGCCGGUCUCUUCUGGCGGUUGUGCUGCCUCUGGCGACGACGCCAAUGUUCAAUAGGCUCGGCAUUGCGGGGGCAUGUAGUCUGCUUGGCGGCCUCAGCGCCAUCAUGUGCGUUAUCCCCUUCAUCUUUAUCUGGAAAGGCGAGCAGAUUCGAGCCAACUCGAAGUUCUGUAUUGCGCUGAGAGAGAGGAAGGCGGACAUGGAGAAGAGGGUUGAGGAGCAACGACGAAGGGAGGAGGCGCGGGCCCAGCAGCGAGAGGAGAGGAGGUUAAGGAAGGAAGAGGUGUAA